AGGUCGUUGACCUGGCCAAGCGCACACCCGCCGGCCAUUGAACCUGCAAAGGUGGUGGUCGUGACAGUAGAAGACGCCAAAGGAAUGUUCUGGUGGGCACCGCCCUUGACGCAAGAUGUGCGUUGCCAAUCACGUAUCUUAGGCGCCCACUUGAGCGCCGACUUUGCGAGCAAGCCCUUGAAGCAGCUUGCUGCCAAGUUCAUUCAGCAGGAGCCUGGGAAAGCUGGCCUAGGGCCGGGAGGGCUGGCGGUGUGCAAAGCCUUGCGCUCAUUGCAGAGUACCAAGGCUGCAGGACAAGCCACCUUGGACCGUCUUUUGCAAGAGUUGGAGCAGGCAUCACGUGAGCCUCCACCAACAUCCACAUUGCGCUCCAUCUCGCAGGCAUCGUCAUUGGCCAAAGAGCUGGAGAAACAACGACAAGAGGAUGUGCAGCAGAUGCAAAUGUCCAUCACUGCCUUGGAGGAUUUGGUCAAUCAGGGCGGCGCGGCAGCUUGGCUAUGUCGGGCCAGUGGCAUUACACCCCGGAUAGGCCUGUGCACCUUGGUGACUGCAUUGAUGGCUGAAGAGCAGUCACCAUCUUUCCUAGCGCUACGCGAAGUUCUUCCGCCGUCGUUGGAUGAGAAGUCACUCGCCAGGCUGUGGGAGCUGGUCGCGAGUGCUUUGCUUUACACGGUGCGUGUGGGUCAGGUUGCCAGAGCGCAGCAAUCCUUGGAGGAGCUCUUUCAGGAGCGCCAAGGAACAGGAGGGGAGAUGGCCGUCUCCUUGCAAGCGCGCGCAGUUGCGUUGCAGCUAGGCGAAGAGCGACAUCUCAUUUGGCAGUCAGGUAAAGCAAAUCUAUACGAUCCGCGACUCCUGGUGUUCGAGUUCCUUUGCAACAUCAUGCUUCGCAAGUCUCAGGUCGAUUUGAUCAAGGCUUUCAUAGCAACUGCCCAGGCUGGGCAGUCCGUGUGCCAGCAGAUGCUCAUGGGUGAAGGGAAGACUACUGUCAUUGCUCCGGUGCUUGUGCUCCUUCUGGCUGAUACUACCAGGUUGGUGUGCGCCUGCAUGCCAGCUGCGUUACUUGAUAUGUCUCGUGCAGUGCUCGCGGAGCGUUUCUCUUCGCCAGUUCUUCCCAGGCCAGUGCUCACGCUGGAGUUCCAUCGGCAGGUUCAAGCCACACAGGCAUUGCUUUGCAAGUUGGAGGCCGCGCAGCGUGGCAAGGCAGCAGUGAUUGCAGCUCCAAAUUCUGUCAAGAGCAUCCUGCUCAGAAGAAUUGAACUGCUCUUGGAGAUCCAUCAACUUCAGAAGCUCCGGCGGAGCACCUCCGCUGAGUCGCAGAAGGGCUCGUGGCUACGUUUCCCAUCCUGGCUGUCCAAUGCAUCUGAUGAAGAACCAGGAUCCAAUCGAAGUGGGCCAGCUCCACAAUCACCACGGAAGGAGGAAGGCAAAGUCGAAGAAGUCCGUAUUUGUGGUGCGAUUCUCAGUCUUUUUCACGGAGGUGUAAUGUUGCUCGACGAGGUGGAUUUGCUUCUUGAUCCCUUGAGGAGUGAGCUCAACUGGCCGCUUGGCCGAAGGUACCCCCUGGACAUGACAGGACCAGGGCGCAAUUUGACACACAGGUUUGGCUUCCGCUAUACGCUGCCCUUUGACUUGCUGGACGCAGUCUUUGCAGCGGCGACUGGAUGUGCGGAGACUGCGCCAUCCAAUCGCCGCGAAGCGCAGUCAGCCUUGGGGGCACUAGCAGAGAAGAUCAAGCAAGGACGGAAGACUCUAAAGGUGCAGGUCACUCCACAUUUCGUUCUUCUCUCGAGGGACUUUUAUGUGAAGGAGAUGCUGCCGCACUUGUGUGAUUGGGCAGCCCUUUUUGUUGAUGAGCAUUUGGAGGGGGCACUUUUGCCCAGUGAUCUCCGAUCUUUGCUGCGGCAGGGGAGUGGUGAUGCGCGGACACAGCAGCUCCUGUGCAAUGCAAGUGCGCAUGCCAUUAGAGCGCUGAAUCUGACCCUGACGUGGCUUCAUCACUUGAUGCCGUACAUCCUUAGCAAGGUGCACAGGGUAUCCUAUGGCCUUUUGACCGGACGCACCCUAGAGCUUCACCGUGGAGCUUUCAUGCGGCAGUCGCGAAAGCUCUUGGCUGUUCCUUUCAUUGGCAAGGAUGCACCCAGCACAUCCUCGGAGUUUUCGCAUCCGGACGUAGCCAUUGGCUUCACCAUCCUCUCAUACCGUUUACAUGGCCUUCGUGAGCGAGACGUCCUUACCUUGCUCAACGUGCUGCUUGACGAGAUGAGAGCAGAGAGCACCCUUUCCUUUCAUCGCCGAGCUGCAUGUCAGGCCUAUGUGGCCAUGGUUGUUCGUGCUGGAAGCAGGGUGCGCGGAUUCACUGAGGAUGGAAGAUGGGUAGGUGAUGCAAAGGAAGAUCUAAAGAAGUCCAGAUCGCGAAGACAGACGUCGGUUGGGCGAUGGGAAGGCAGCAGCGAAGUUGCAGACAGGAGGCGGAGUCUUUGGCCAUUAGAACUGCUUGACAUCUCUGACCCCGAGCAAAUCCAAGUGGUCUUUGAUAUCUUGCGUUUUUCGCCUUUGGCCAUCCGCCAUUUGUUGGAAAAGCAUGUUUUUGUGUCUGGAACACUGGACCGGAACGAGAUGCAACUCAGUGCAUCUGGGCAGGAGCUUGCAGGGCCCCAGCUAUUUGGUCGAUGCCUGGGUUUCAGCGGCACGCCCAACGAUCUCUUGCCGAAAUCCAUGGGUCGAUGCAUCUAUGCUGCCGGCGAUGACGGGAAGGUGCUGCAGGCGCUUAGCAGCACAGACACUGUCACUGCCGUGGAGUUGGGCCAGUGGAGUCCAUGCAGUAUUUUGGAUUUGGUAGCCACUGCACGUUCUUCAAGCAGGCCCAAGUACCAUGCACUGAUUGACUCUGGAGCUCUUGUCACAGGCUUGAGCAACAGUGAGGUUGCGGAGUACUUGCUGAGCCAUGGACUGGAAGGUUUGGAUGGCGUGCUCUUUCUGAAUGAGCGAAAUGAACGUGUUGUCCUAGAACGUGACAGCAUGAAAAUUGUCGAGCUCGCUCAAUGUGGCUUGAGCCCUGCUCAGCGCUUCACAUUCUAUGACCAUGUGCAUACCACAGGCAUGGAUGUCAAACAACCUUUGCUUUGCACUGCUGCGCUUACAUUGAGCAAGGACAUGACAUUGCGGGAUUAUGCGCAGGGUGCCUACCGCAUGCGGGCAAUAGGACACGGACAGCGCGUCGAAGUUCUCAUGACGCCUGAGGUUAGGUCGUUGAUGAACAAGUCAUUGAGCACAGUGGAGAAGUUGCAAGAAGAGGCCCGAGCUUCCGCCUUGGCUGCCUUGAAACGGAAGCCUGAGGCCUGGGCGCAGGCAGUAUUGGUGGAUCUCCUUGCUUGGCUGGUGCUGAAUGGCAUUCGAGCCGAGGCCAGAAAGAGGCAUUUGCUACAUCAGCAAGACUUGCAAAACCUUUGGCGAGCUGCAGCAUGCCGAGUUUUGGAAUCGCCCCGUGCGGAGCAGCUCUUGGCAGAGGGCCGCUUGAAGAUCGCCCUGUUCGAGCUUUUGGGAUCUUUGGACUUCUGCGUGUCGGAGAAGAGACCUGGAGAAGGUGGCGAUAGUGUUGAGGCACGUUGGCGUCGGGCAGUUUCACGCCACGUUGGCAAAGGCACAAUCGGGCACAGUGUUUGGACCAACGAAGCUGCCAGGGACGAGGCUCGGGCAGAGGCAGAGCGCAUACUUCGCCAGCUUGAAGGAUCACACGACGAUGACGAGUUCAACUUCUCAAAGGAGCAGGUCCAGGAGCAAGAGCAAGAGCAUGAAGAGGAAGUGGAGCAGGACCACGAGCAAGAGGUGCAGUUGGAAGAGGACCUGGAGCGGGUGCCCGAAGCACCAGCUGAGCAGCGCUAUGCACGAGAUGCUGAGGAGGCUGUGCCAUGGCCAUUGCGAGGCUUAGCACCAAGGAGCCGAGAGAUGCUUCCCUUUUACCCAAUGGCAGACUUUGCGGUGAACAAGGGAAUCUUCAACGAGUCCAGUCCAGUGUUGUCCGGGCUUCCACCGUUUGUGAUGUUGAGUGACAAUUACUAUCGACGACAGUGGCGACUGAGCUCUGUGAGAAGGCUGCGCAAUGUGAUUUGCUUCUUGGAAUGGGUCCCAUCAAUCAAGCACCUCAAGCGCUUUGCCGUCUUCGAUGCCACUGAAGAGCAACGAUUUCGACUCCGCGAAGCGUUGAACCUUUGUGCUGGUGGACGUGACGACUGCUCCCUCGGAUUUGGUCGGGAUGAGGUGCGAGCACUCUGUGGCGUGUUGGAUUUGGCUGAUGAAGGUGAAGCCCUGACGGCAAAAAUGUCGCCCAGCAGCCGAGUAACACUCCAAGAUUUGGAGAAGGAGCUGCUCACUCACAGCAUAUACAAGAUGCAGCAGGGCCGCUACUUCGUUGCACUGAGCUUGGAAGAGGCGGAGCAUCUACGUGGCACACUGCAUUUGCUCCGGAGCUCAAGCCCUGCCACACUCCCCGUUGAGUGCGGCCUCGCAUUGAGGUGCAUCACUUGCAAAGAAUCUGGCAGAGAUGAUUCCUUGCUUGAUUCCCAUGGGCCUGUGCUGGACAGUGUUGAGCUAGGACACCAGCUUGAGGCUGCUGAACAAGUCUUCCGUUUUCUCAACAGCGCAGAGGACUUCCAGGCUCGCGAGGUCAGCGUUUUGCUACGCACGCUUCAGCUCACCAGGGUGGAGAACCGGCUGCCUUGGUGGCUGGAUGUCCGAGCCUGCCGACGUCGAAGUCACCGGCCGUGGCAGCGAUGCCCUCUUGCCAAAGUCUUCCAGACGGUGGACGAGCUGGACGACUGGGCCACGAAGGCCCUGCUUUUGCGCUUGCGAUGGGCUUUGGCAGCCCAUCAACUUUGGCCAGCAGAUGCCUUUCGCCUGAUGGAUGUGGGGGGCAACGGAUGUUUGCAGAAGAAGGACUUGGCCACUGGACUUGAGCGACUUGGAGUCAAUCAGGGGCUGUCGCAAGAACGCUGGAGGCGACAAGUGGAAAACCUGUUUAGGUGGAUGGCGCAGGAUGGCCGAGAGGUGGUCUUCAUGGACGAAUUCCGAACAGCCAUGGAGUUUCAGGCGAACUGGGAGGUAGCUCCUUCCGCCUCUUCUCCGUCUGUGUCUCCGGCCCGUGUGGAGUGCAGUCCCAAGAAGGCUCCAGAUGCAAAAAGUUCCGCAAACACAUCUCCUUUGAGAUCAGGUACGGAAGCUCCAUGUGCUGCGCCAGAGGUGCAGGCUCCGAGCCCGCUGUCUCCAAGUCCACCUUCUCCAACCCUGGAGAGUUUUUUGGCAGAGUCACCCAUUCGAGUUUCUCACUACCUGACUGCGGAUAUGUGCCAGAAACAGUCUGCUGGGCGAUUCAAAGUGAAGUGGCAGAAGCACAGCUCGUUUCGGCCCUUGUGGUCAGAUGGGCUCUUGAGCAUUUGGGUGGCACAUGAGCUCAUUCCGCGUGGAAACUUCAUGGGCUUGAAGCGAGGCUCCAACGCCGUGAAGGAGAGAGUCGUUUUUGGGCAUUGUGUGUCCACCGCAAAGCCUUCCGUGCAACUGCUCGAGGUGACUGAUGAGGAGCACAGUGGAUUUUUUGCGAAGCAUCCUCGAGAUGAGCUCAGUCGAAUCCUGGGAACAUUCUUUCCACAUCCAAUACGAUUUCGGCAGAUUUGGCACAGGAAAGAUGGGAAGGACGCCUCCAAAUCUUUGUAUAUUUGGGCACCGGUCCCACCAUCCUCGGACUAUGUUUGCGCUGGGAUGAUGUGCACAACUGUUGAUGAGGCCCCGUCCCUUGAAGAACUCCGCUGCAUGCCCAGGCCCUGAGGUGGUACGGAGGUGUCCUUAGAUGUCCUGCACGAAUUGCAAGUUCGCUAGUAGUAACAAGUGCCAUGCUAGUAGUAACAGGUGCCACGCUACUAGUAACAAGAAGC